GAGCGGGGCGCUGAGAGGAAGCGGCCCCGGGGUGGGCUCCGCGGGGAGGCACCGCCGCCGUUUCCCCAGUCCCCCCCACCCCCGCCGCGGGGGUCCCGCUGCCGCCGCCCGCUGCGGCACCGGCUCGCCCGGCCACAGCCGCGGUGCUCCGGGGCGUCGCCGCUGCCCGGUACCGGCGGCAUCGGGCUCGGCCUUCCCCUCAGCUCCCGGCCCGCGAUGGGGGCCGCCGACUGGUGCAGGAGCUCGGCGGGCGCUGCCCUCGUCCUGGCCACCUCCAGCGACCCGGAGCACCCCGCCGAGAACAUGGCGGACGGAAGUUCUGAAACAUUCUGGACGACGACAGGAAUGUUCCCGCAGGAAUUCAUUAUUGGUUUUCCUAAAUGUGUAAAAAUCAGCAAAGUCGCAAUCCAGUGUUAUUUGGUGCGGACCUUGAGAAUUGAAAGAAGCAUAUCUAAAGACCCAGUAGAUUUUGAACAGUGCAUUGAAAAAGAUUUGCAACACACAGAAGGACAGCUUCAAAUGGAAGAAUUUCCACUUCCUGAUUUCCCAGCCACUUACUUGCGGUUCAUCAUCAAGUCUGCCUUUGAUCAUUUUGUAUCAGUGCACAGGGUGAUGGCAGAGGGCACAGCAGAAAAUACUUAAGUCCAGCUUAAGUUUGUACCUUUUUUUUCCUUUUUGUAUUAUAUUUUGAUAUCUGUAUUGCAGGGAAUAUUUAUUAUUAAAACUUUGUAUUAAAGUGUUUUUUGAAGAUA